CGAGCGCUGCACGUGCACUGUACACGCGACUGUAGAUAUCGAGCGCGACCUACUAUUGGCUCCUAAGACAACGUCGUUUACGGUCACGUGGAGCGGUUAUUUUCCCGAAUGCGUAUUUAAAUAUCUUCUAUUUAUCCAAAAUUACUUACUUUUCUUAACUUUUAAUGCGGUAAUAUAUUUUAGAUGAUAUAACAUUAAAUAAAAAUAUAUAAUUUUUGUUAAAUAUCGUAUUCGAAAGAAAAAUUUGUGAGCAGUUUGUGUACGACUGUUUUUGUGUCGUAUAAAUAAGUCGAAUACCUGUUAUAUGACAAGUGUUAUUAAGUACUACCUUAGGUAAUUUCUGUCUUUUAUGUAUGUGAAAAUCUGGAUGGACACCUAUAAAUAUAGAAGAUGGAAUGGGUUCUGCGAAGUCCCCAAAUUCAUAGCACAUUCAGCAACCUCGGUUUUGUACACGGAGAUGGAUAUCACAUAAAUGAAAAUUGCAAUGCUGCCUUGGAAGCCAUUCUUCACAACAUUUUAACGGAAGAUAAAUAUUUACGAACAUACCGUAGAAGUAUUAGUUUUGGAGAAAAUAUAAAGAAAGACCUAAUACCGCUUUUAAUACACGCCAAGGAAGAUUCAACAAUAGAGUUCAUAGUUAAAAUAUUAGUUAAUUUGACAAUUCCGGUUGAGUGUUUGCUUUCUAUUGACGCUCUAAUACAAAAUGAUUUUGGACGUCAUACAGUGUUUGAGAUAAAUAAUCUACUUUUGUCUACUAAAUCAGCUUUUACUGACAAUAGGACAACCAGAGUUAUAAUAGACUUUAUGAAGAAAAAUGUAGAUGUAGAUCAGAAAACAAAAUUGUCGACAGAACAGUGUACAAACAUAAGUAAUUGUCUUCUAUUGCUGAGGAAUAUUCUUCAUAUACCAGAGGACAAUAGUAAUCAGAGUCCUAGUUACAAUGGCUCUAACCAUUCGGUGCAAAAUCAAAUUUUAUGGAAUUUAUUUAGUCAGAGUAUUGAUAAAAUUCUUAUUAAGUUGAUGACUUUGCCUGAUGCGACUCAUUGGGGGGUUACAAUGGUUCAGUUAAUAGCACUGCUUUAUAAGGAUCAGCAUGUCAUUACGUUACAUAAAUUGUUAAAUUUAUGGCUAGAAGCAUCUUUGUCAGAUAGCUCGGAAGAUAAUGAAAGUAACACCUCUCCACCAGACCGAGGUAGUGACGAUUCAUCUCCGAUGUUAACAUCGGAUCCAACUUCAGACUCAUCAGACACGGGAGGGAGCGGGAAAUGUAACGAUGAACCUAACUCUGUGAAUAAUGGAUGGGAUGCUUCCUCUAUGAAAAAUACCAGUGAGAAUGGUAAUCAAUCAUACCAAAAGUCGACUGCUGAUGAGAAGAAAGCUAAAGACGAGGAUAUGAGAGACUCGGUAGUAACUAAAUCCGAACACUCUCAGGAACCAGAUAACAGUGAAUCAACGUCAUGUAGUGAAAAAGUCAAUCAGAAAGAUUGUGAAAAAAGUGACCAAAAAGAAUUAUACAAAAAUGAAAAAAAGACAGUUAUAUCAGAAAACUCAGAUUGCGGUUACGGGACUCAGAUGGAAAAUCAAGGCUCUAUUUCUACGUCUAGCAAUGAAGAUGAACCUGCAAAGAAGCCCGUACAUCAGAAACCUCACAAUACAAAACAGAGGUCAAACAAUAAAGCUCGAUCCAGCACAAACUUGCAAGACAGAAAACGGAAAAAGCUCGUUAAACGGGGAAAAGCAAAUAUUAUUAACGUUCAAGGAUUAUCACACAAAACACCGACGGACGAUGAUAUUUCCAAUAUAAUGAAAGAGUUUACUGUCGACUUUCUUUUGAAAGGAUAUAAUUCUCUUGUACAGACUCUUCACAGUCAGAUUAUUACAAAUAUGCAGUUGGAGAUUGAUACUUCUCACUUCUUUUGGCUCGUUACCUAUUUCUUGAAGUUUGCAACGCAAAUAGAAUUAGAUCUGGAACAUAUUUGUUCGGUGCUCUCUUAUGACAUAGUAUCGUAUCUAACCGCUGAAGGAGUAAAUUUAUGCGAGCAGUUUGAACUGUCUAUAAAAUUAGACGGAAACGAUUUGAAACCAAGUAUUAGAAGAUUACAUCUUGUGGUCACAGCGAUCCGAGAAUUUGUCCAAGCCAUAGAGGUAUAUAAAAAAAUCGCUCAUGUGUGCAAAGAGGAUCAGGAGGCGUUGUUGAAAUUACAAAUGAAAAUGUGCGAAACUGAAGAUCUACGCUGUUUAUUGGUUUUGCUGUUACGCCAUUAUGAUCCCAAGUACCAUACCAAGCAAUAUUUACAGGACCUCAUAGUAACAAAUCACAUAUUACUGAUGUUUUUGGACAGUGUAAUGAAAUUACCGGACUACAGUGGAUCUACUUAUAUGUUGGAUCAUAUAAAACAGUUUGCGACACCAGAAAUAAUGUAUCAGUAUGGACUUCUUUUGGAAGAUUACGCUGGUAAUGGAGAAUUCGUCAACGAUUGUAUUUUCACGUUAAUGCAUCAUGUUGGAGGGGAACUGGAUUGUUUGAUUACAUUGUUCCAACCAAAAAUCUUGAAGACGUUCACCUCUAUAUGGAAAUCGGAAUUUGAAAUUUGUGAUGAUUGGUCUGAUCUCAUUGAAUAUGUAAUAAAUACGUUCAUAAAGAAACCACAUGCGUUGCAAAGCACUACUAACUUUAGAUUGGACACGGAAAAUUUCGACGAGGAUAAUUUUUUUGUCAAACCCCUCACACCUUCCAAACCAACGAAACAUAGAUCUGAUGCAGAUUCUAGAAAAAGAUCUGAUGAUAUAUCAGGAAGCACAUCUCGGGAGAGUUACAAAUGGACUGAAGAAGAGUUAUCUUCAUUGAGCUGGAAUUACAUGCAAUGUAGUGCAUUACCUGAUGUCAUCGGCGAAAUAAUAAAACUAUACAAAGAGGACGAUGCAAUAAAAUCUAGGGAGUCGGUAAUUAGAGAAUUACAUAAACAAAAUUUAAUAUCCAAAGAUGAGUGUGAUAAUUUCUUAAAUAAGGAGAAUAAUAGAGGUGUAAAGGUUGUCCCAGUGCAUAAAGAAAUGAGAGAAGAUGAGAUCGGUAAACUUUGCGAUCAAUUAUCGCAAGAUGGUAAAUCUAAAUUCUUAGAUUGGGUACAAAAAGUACUUUUGGAUACUUGCUACGCAAAAAUAUACGUUGAGAAAAAAGAAAAGAUGCAUCAAAAUGAAACGCAUAGCAACAAAUCUGACAAAUUAUUAAACUUUGAGUUAUUUAAAAAGAAAUCGGAUGAUUUACCUGUUAUGUCGCCAGUGUCGUACCAUUCGAUAUUAUUCAAUCAAUCCGUGCCGUUAGUUCCAUGGAAUUGCGAGCAGGCGUCCAUUUGCAAGGACUUGAAGUUUUUACAGUUGCUUCAUAAACUAGGUUUCCAUAUGCCUGUUGAUUCCGGAAAAGUGUUUAUCAGAAUACCGCACUUUUGGACUGCUGAUUUUUUAUAUGACGUUGCUGCGAAAAUUUCUCCGAUUGAUAACACUAAAUUAAAUUUCUCAUUGAACGAUAUAAUGGAAAGCAGUAGUAUUGAAGCAGUGCAGCAAAACAGUUCCAUAAUAUCCGAUCUCACAAAAGAUGUUACUAUGGUUAAAACGCCUGAUAAUUUCUUUCAAAUACACAAACAAAAACAUCUAGCUACUAUGGUUAAUUUCACUCCAAUGCCUGGUUCUUCGUUCAAUAUAGAGAAUGAAGAAGGUAACAAACAUAAUUGGUUGGAAGUUAUACAAAAGUCUCAAGAUUAUAAAAUAACUUUGAAUUUGGAAAAUCAUAUUAUAAAAACAGAAGAUAUCCAUUUGGAUGUUGAGAUGCAAUUACCGCCGAAGGAAAUAAGUUCCGCGUCGCCGUUAAAACUCGUUACUACACCAGUAAUUGCAGAUACCGUGUCGCCCUCUCUCGUUUUGCCCACUGUUAUGAGCGCAAAGCAAGAAAGUUCAAGUUUCAAUUUACAUUUAGCAGAUACUGAAUAUUACAAUAACAGUGUGUGUGAGACUGCAUCCGUUGCUUCUGAUUUAACUCGGAUGUAUGUAUCCGACGAAGACGAAAAGCCAGAACUCCUAUUACGUCCAGUGGUGGAUGUGAAUCCGUUGUUAGAUGACCGAUUUUCUAGUGAUUGUGAUAAUGCUAGUGCUGAGAAACGGCCUCGAGUACAUUUUUCUUCAAUGUUUUAAGACAGUUAUUUUUAGCUGCGUUUUAUUAUUUCGUUAUUAACUAUUGUUAAGUGUAUCACUAAAUUAGUGGUAAUUAUUUCGAAUUACGUAUCUUCUAAAUGUAAAAUUUAUUUUCAUUUGUAUCUAGUUUUGCUGUUUUUAGUACGUAAUGAGAAAACUUUAAAUUAUUUUUAAAGAAUUCGAAUAUUUAUAAAUGUUGUUCUGUGUAUUUGAAUUACUUUGAUGUGACUGUGAAGAAGCGAUUCAUCAGAUUAUAUCUAUCUCAUUAUUUUUAAACUUAUUUUUAUGGAAAGACAUAAAUAUAUUUUAUUGUGUACUUAUCUGUAUUGGAAUGUUAAUUACACAUUAUAUGUUAAACCUAUUUACUACGAUUUUUAUAUAAGGUUUUGAUGUUAUGUAAUAAGUAAAUAGAUUUUAUAAAUGGGG